GAUAUUUCCAGCAGUGUUGAGUGGUGUUGUGGUCAUACAAAUAAAUCGACGAUUUCGAGAAGUACUAAUGUGUUGUUUGUGAAAGAUCGUGAUGGCUGGGUUUCUCGAAGUUCUGUUGGGCGCCUAUGGCGUCAAUGUGAAAUCAUAUAGACAGCUCCGGGGUGGGACGAAACUGUUAGAGCUGUUUUCCAUAUCGGCCACAAACUCGCCGCAAGAUAACUUUCGCCGCCUGAAAGCACAUCUCCGGAAUUUUUUCCCCCAAAUCGAAGGGUCCCUUUGUGUCGGGAAAUGUGCUCGUGGAGAGCGACUCGAAUUGUGUUACGUAGCGGCAUUAUCAGUGGGUGCACUGAUCGCACAGGAUCUCUCGAAAGCGUCCUCGUCCCUGGAUCAGAGUCUGCCCGAGCGACUUCGAAACCUCUGCGCAUACCAGGGAGCCGAAGUGGACUCCAUUAAGGAGUUUUGUGAGAUUGUCUUCAGAGACGAAAACGUACCGAACAAGAUCAAGCAGCUUCUGUCGACCUGGAUGGAAAACACAGAGAACGAUGUUUCGACGUCGAGUGGUUCAUCUCUGAAUUCCUCGGUGGCGUCGAUACACAGCAGGGCUCCACUUUCGCCGCUGAAUGCCGUUUUGCGGACUCCGGAAAACCGGCUGCGGGUCCGGGAGAAGUACAACCAAGAGGUGGUGAAACUUCGCGGCGAUUUGCUCAUCAUGCGAGAACGCUAUGACCAUCUCGAGGCGGAUAUGAAACAGCAAGCCGACACGAAAGAUCGAGAGCUGAAAGAGUUACAGAACCGAGUUCGUUUCCUCCGGGAAAUCAUCGACUCGGAAUCGGAAGAAAGUCGCAAUAAUGCUCCUGCGGUUCAAAACGAAGUCUCCGCCGGUCGGCUGAAAAUGCUCCAGAAACAAGUGCAACAACUACAAGAGUUCGAGCAGAAGUUUUUCGAUGAGAAACUCCGCGCAGAGGAACUAGAGACGAAACUCGUUCAGGAUGAGAAGAAAAUUAAGGACCUCAAAGCAAGGAUUCAAAUCCUUGAAGCCACGAUAUUCGAACGGGACGAAGAAUUAUCACAAGCUGCCGAUGAGAUGAGCGCUCUGAGAGACCGGCUUGAAGAGCAGCGUAUCAAUAUCUCCCUUGUAAGGCACCGAAGCCGUUCCCACGACACAUUGGACAGCGUGCCUGACGGGGAGAACCUCGGGGACGCAGUGCAGGACCUGAUCGUCGCCGAGCUCAGAACAAACAGUGAUCAACUCCGGGACGAGCUCGAGACAGCGAAGAAUGAACUCGCCACCAAGAACAUGGAGGUUGCAGAUUUGCAGCUAUCGAAUCAGAUGAAGCGAGAGCAGGUGGGAGAGUUGGAAGUCCAAGUGGAAGCACUAAGAGCGCAAAUCCGAAGCCACAUAGAAACCAUCACACAAGCAGCCAAUCAAGCGAAUGAGCUUUCGACGAAACUGCAAUCAGCUCAGAGCGAGAGUGAGCGUCUCCGUUACGAACUGGGAAGUAUGACAGAGGUCAAACAGAAACUCGAAGAGAGAAGGAAGUAUUUGGAAAAUAAAGUCCAUCUGCUCAAGGCGCAGAUCGACGAAACGCAGAGCAAGUUCAAUGAAAUGGAUCGUAUCAAGAGCUUGAUCGAGGAACAGCUAAAAGCUCAAAACACGCUCAUAGACGAUCUGCGUUCUCAAGUCGCCGAAAAGACUGCCCGGAUCUCCUGUGUCGAGGCUGAGCUUUCGAAGGCGACGAGUUCCUUCACGGAAACUCUGAAGUCGAUGAACGCUCAGCUCAGCGACGACCGUAAAAUUCAUUCGGAGGAGAAAGCGAAGAUGGAGCGACGCAUCACGACUCUCGAGCAAGACUUGAAUGACACAAACCUGCAAAGGCAAACUCUGUGCUCCGAGAUAGAGAAAUUGAAGAUCGAACGUGCCGAAAUACACACACAGCUCAAUAUUCAGCUCGAGACCCAAUCGAAAAUGAAGAGAGAAAUUUCGAUGCUGGAAGAGACUCUUCGGCUCGAGGUAGAAGCGAGACAGACUUUCGAGACCUCUUUCAAACAAGCAGUUGCGGAAGUUAACAAUUUCAAGGUCGUUAACGAGCAGCUGAAAAUCGAAGUCGAACAGCUUCGGUCAUCGGAGAGAAGCAUGAAGGAGCACCUGGAGCAGGAUCAGCAGUCUCUGAUCGAGACGCGCGAGAAUCUGAAGGUUCUGGAAGAAAAACACCGAGAUAUGAAGAAGACUUACAUCGCGAACAGCACUCAGCUGGAAGAAAUGAGGGAACUUCUCGAAACGCGUAAGGGCGAGAACGCUGAGCUGAGAGAAAUUCAAGGAAAGCUUCAGACGACCGUGGAGGAGCAGGCUCGAGAAAAAGCUGCGCUGGAAGCGGAGAUCUCCGAGCUCAAAGACGCGCUCGCCUCAGAAGCGGCAGACAAGCUCUUCAUGGAGGACGCAUUGAAACAGGCUUCAGCCACGAUUUCUGAGAAAGACUCCUUCAUCAGCAGUCAAAACGCUAUCCUGACGCAGAUGGAAAGCGAAGUGCAAACCCUUAAAAGUCAGCUCACUACGAGGGAUCAGCAAUGGAGCGAAUCCAAUGAGGCUCAGGAACAAUUGCGCAAGGAGGCGGAUUCAGCGAAGGCCGCUCUCGAGCGUCUCGAGUCGCAGACGGCCCUACGCGAGAAGGAUCUCGAAGACAGCGUCAAGGAGCUGCAAGAACUUCUGGAAGGCAGCAAGAAAUCACUCCAUGCUUACGAGGAGCAAAUCGAAUCUCUCACGCAAUCGACGGAAAUCUUGCACAAAGAAAGAGCUCUGCAAAUCGAAGCUGAAGCGAGGAAUGAGUCGGAGCUGAGACGACUGCAAAAUCUGUUGGACGCUUGCAAUAUUGAUUUGGGGGCGAAGAAGUCAGAGCUUGAAGCGGCGUUGUCAGAGUUUGAAUCGAAGUCGAAUGAAUCAAAGGAUGCUUACGAGCAGGAAAUCCGUACGCUUGUGGAGCGGGUUUCCGCUCUAGAGAACCGGGAGAAAGACUUAGAGCUCGAACUCGAACAGAGCCGCGAGAAAUCACGCGAAGACGGGCUUCGCAUUGCUGGCCUUUCCGAGAAGAUUGCGGCUCAGGAAAAAGAGCUACAGACAGGAAGCGAGGAAGCCGAAGAGGCCGCGAAACAACUCGAAAGGGAGAGAACCACGCUUCAGGAGGCCAUCAGCAGAGCGGAAACGGAGAUAAAGGAUCUCCGCGACGAAAUGAAUCGUCUCGCGAACAAGCUGAAGGAGGAAAGCAAUGAAAAGGAAAAGCUCGCGGUCGAGCUUGAUGCACUCAAAGCCGAGCAGGCGAGCAUGGUAGCGGAACUCUCGGAGCUCCGAUCGAGAGAGUCGUCAAGGGCUGCUGGCGACGUGGAGCUCUGGAGGAACUUCAGGAGAAGUCUCGUGGACAAACUCGAGCAUGUCGACGUGCAGGCCCCGGUUAUGAACGACGACGAACUUCUUGGUGUUGUUGACAGGGCGCUGGAGAAUCAACGCAAGGUCAAGGAACUCCAGAUCGAGAAUCAAAGCUUGAGCAGAUCGGUUCGAAAUGCUGAAGACAACAUCAGGUGCCGCAUCGUAGAGCUGACGAGCGACAAUGAUCAGCUGAAGCGGAAACUGCGGGAGGCGUCGAGCGAAUUGAAUCGUUGCCAGGACGAACUGAAAGAAAUCACCGCGACAGUCAUCAGAGCCAAGAAUGGAGAUACGAUCGAUGGUGGGAUAUUGAGCUCAUUGUGUCGUGAUAUCCUGAACAUGGCGGUCACAUCUCAAGACAACGCCACCACUAAGAAGGAAGUCACGGAGCUGCGGCUGGCGCUCAGCAAGAGCUGCCGCGACACCGAACGUCUCCAAGCCCAAGUAGAGCAAUUGCAGAAAGCAAAAGAUGAACUACAGAGAGUCCGUGAAGAGAGAGAUCAAAUGAUGGAGCAGCUGAGGAUUCACCGCGAAAACGAGCAACUCGGUAUCCAUAGCGAGAAGCAACACGAAGCGACGAUGGAGCUCGUCAAGGAAGGUUACGAUCUAGAGGUCGAACGACUCCGCAGCGAGCUCCAACGAUCUACUAACGAUCUUGCCCGCACGAGGUCCGAGCUGAAGAACACCCAGGAAUACGUAUCCACGCUUCUGGAAAAAUACGAUAAAACGAAAGAGUACAGUCUGAAGAAGAUAUCCGGCCUGCACGAUAUCAUUUAUCAGAACAAUAUACCUUUGCCUAGAGCCAGACGCAAGAGUCCCAACCAGACCGGUCUCCCAAUAUCUUCGAGACACAGUGACACUUCUGCCGACGAUGUCGAGCGGAAAUUGCGGGAGAAAGACGAAGAAAUCCGAAGGCUGCGCUUGGCAAAAAGUGAGCUGGAGAAGAGAGUUUGCGCAGCCACGGUCAACGAGCGGAUGGCUGCAGGAAUCAGCGACUUGAACUCAUCCAGAGCCUACACCUCGAUGCUGGACAUCGAAAGACAACGCAUGCCGCCGCCUCCUCCGCCCUCUGGCGAUUAUCUAAGGGAUCAUUAUUCUUGUGUUGACGACGAUCGAGCAUGGAAAGAGUUCCGUGAACCUUGCAAGUUCUCAGCUUCCAUAUGUUCCGACUACGAUUCGUUCUCAGUGAAGAGCAUGCCAGCCAUGUACCAUCAGGAUCGGAAUCCGAUGCAGCGGAGCUUCUCGACGCGGUCCUUAUUGUUCGAUCACGAUACGUCCCGCAGCAGUCAGAGACCCCAUGCUUCACAUCUCCUGCUUCGGUCUUCAACGUGCUCUCACCGAGGAGCGUCGUGUCUCUCCAGCUCCAAAUUUGUGCCGCAUGAAGAAGAUUUCCCUAGUCCUCCGGCCAUGUACGACAAGCCUCUACCGACUCACACAGACCCGAAGUUGAGCAAUACUUUCGAGAGUAUCAAUGAUCUGAACUAUAAAUGUCGUGGAGGGCGUUCUGUAGGUUUGGGUGGCCUUGGAUUAGGGGACGAUGAAGAAGCGCAGUUCAUGAACCCUAAGAACUUGGAAGAGUUGAAAAACGGAGGUCCUAAAACCCCUCCGGAUUCCCACCGGAGCUCUAUUCUGAAACAGCGUAACUCUCAGGUUCCUCCGCAUCUCCGGUCCUCGUAUCCGGUGGAAACUCAAAACGGGAAAAUUCCUGUCACCCCCUUGUUGCAAAAGAAACGAUUGCCUUGA